UUGUUCCACGUUUUAUUUUUAAUGUGUACAUUGAGAGUUCAUUAUCAGUAAUAUAAAUGAGCAUUUAAUUUUUGGCUGUCAUUAUAUACACGUCGCAUUCAAUUUACUUCAUUGUGUCAGUUGCGUGACAAUAACUAAUAGAACAGAACGAAUAGAAAACCACUUCUUUGCUCAUCGAAAUAUACAUAAACAACACGGCAAAAUCAUUGUCAAUAACAUCGAUGAUUUUUUUGUGUAGAAAUAAUCAGCAACAAUAUAUUGAUAAUUUAUUUUCCGCCAGUUGGUGAUCCUUAGAUAAAGUCCAAAAAGGAAGAAAAAAGAACCAAUCGUCGUGAACAAGUCGUGAAAAUAUUAUAGUUUUUUUUAAAUACUAUAAAAACACAAUGAUGUGGAUAAAUUCUUUUUUUAUACUACUUAUAAGCUAUUUUACGUUCAUUAAUGCCGAUGAAUAUAUGAAACGUGAAUUUUCUUUGGUGAAACCAUAUUUUGGUGCCGGUAUGACGCUGCCUUAUUGGGAUUUUACCGGUUCCACAUUGGUUACAUCAAAUUAUAUUCGUUUGACACCAGACAUACAGUCUCGAAGUGGUGCUGUUUGGAAUUCAGUGCCAUGUAUGACACAAAAUUGGGAAGUGAAUAUAAACUUUAAGGUCUCGGGAAAGGGAAAAGAUCUUUUUGGUGAUGGAUUUGCGAUUUGGUAUGCGAGAGAUCGCUUGGUAAAUGGACCAGUGUUUGGAAGUAAAGAUUUCUUCCAUGGAUUAGCUAUUAUAUUAGACACUUACAGUAAUCACAAUGGACCACAUAAUCAUCAACAUCCAUAUAUUAGCGCCAUGAUAAAUAAUGGUACAUUGAGCUACGAUCAUGAUCGAGAUGGUACGCUUACACAAAUUGCCGGCUGUGAAGCAAAAUUCCGUAAUGUUGACUAUGAAACACACAUCAGCAUCAAAUAUUUGAACGAAAAACUAACGGUUAUGACUGAUUUGGAGGAUAAACACGAGUGGAAAGUUUGCUUUGAAGCCAAUCAUGUUAAAUUACCAACUGGAUACUAUUUUGGAGCAUCGGCUACAACUGGUGAUUUAUCCGAUAACCAUGAUAUCAUCUCAUUUAAAUUCUACGAACUAGAACCAAUUGUUGAUGAUGCAACAUUAGAGGCGAGGAAGAGUAUUAUUCCAUCGGCUGAAGUGUUGGAAGCUCCACGAGAAAGAAAAGAAGAUUUAAAACCAGGAAUGUCAAAUGUCAAGAUCUUUUUCUUGAUUUUGUUCGGUAUGAUAUGCACCAUAGUUUUAGCUAUUUUUGGUAUUAUGUAUUACCAAAAACGUAAAGAAUCAUCACGAAAACUUUGGUGAUGUCGUUGAAAAACCAAAAAAGCAAUCACACAAAAAAAAACAUAGCAUUUUGUACAAACCCUAGCACUGGUUUAAUGUAAAAAUAUGAUAUGGAAUUGUUGCAACUUAAAAAUACUUUUUUUUUCGCAAAAGAACAUGUUCUUUGGAUGUAUGAAUUAUUUUGAGCAGAAUUGUCAUUUCUGUGAAGAAUAAAAAAAUGAAACAAAACUGAUCUGUAAUGUAUUUGUUGUUUGUGUGGUGACCGAUUGUAAUAAAUUAUCUUAAAUUCAAAA